GGAAGGGUGUCGCCGCUCCGUGCUGCUGGCUGCCUUGCUCUCGCUGCUUCACACUCCAGUGAAGGGAUAAACACCACGGACUUCCUCCACCUGGAGACGAGGGCUGUAGCGUGUAGGAGGUGAUCGUGUCGAGCGGUGCCAAGUGCCAGCCCCCGGGGUGUGCCAGGAUGUUUGGUGAGGCUCGGUGUGUGGGGCGGGUGCUGCUGGUGGUGAUGUCUGUGGCACUGACUCCUGGGGCCUCACAGAGUGCCACAUCUGAUAGCCCCUUCGCCUCUGCUGACACCCUUCCUCACACACAGGAUCCGGAAGGGUUUGGGCGAGCGGGACUCCACAGCAAGAACACCACGUUCCUUGACCUCUUGAGACCAGCGACGGAGGUCGGAUCUCUUCUUAGAGAAGCUGAGGGAGUGUCCCUUUCAACGGCAGCUCCUGAGAGACCAGGUCCAGGGAGAGAGUCCCGGGCCAGACGAUCAAAGGAGAGGAAAGGUCUGGUUCAGCUUCGGCCCGCGUGGUGGCGGAGGAUACGGCCACACGACAAACAGAACACAAAGAAGAUAAGGAAAAAAGCGGUGUGCGGGAAGACUUACUACGUCACUAGCAGGAUCAAAUACAAGUUUGCAAUCGGUGGACGUGAGUCCUGUAACAUAAUCUUCCGGGGGGCGGCGGGAGCGGCCUUCAGAGUGGUGUGCCCCAAGGUGAUGGUCCCGGGGUGUGUCCUGGCCCGUCUCUCCCUCCACACCGCCACCCACACCACCAGUUACUGCAGUACAAGCACAUCGACCCAGGUGGAUGAGAGAGACCUGACCGAGCUUCUGGUGUCCUACAAGGUCCUCAAAAACAGCGAUGCUCUCAAAAACAACACCUGGACCGCCUGCUCUGUCAGAGGAACCAGUGGAGAUGGCUACAGGGCUGCGGGGGUCCAGCCGUGUCCACUCCAAUGUGGUUCAACAACACCUGACGCAGAGGCCGACCCGCCGCCUGGCGCCUCCACUCGUCUCCCUCAAAGAGUCAAACCAAAACUCUCCCGACGCUUACCGCUGGAGGAACUCACUCCCCAGGACUCCUCCUGGACCAGGAUCCAGGGAGGGAAGGACGCGAACAUCGGGGAGUGGCCUUGGGUUGUGUAUCUCAAGAUCAAGGUCUCAGGAUCUUUUGUAGAAUGUGGUGGCUCCAUUAUCUCUCCUCUGUAUGUACUGACUGCGGCGCACUGCGUCUUCGAUGUGAAUAAGAAGAAGGGAGACUCUGUGAGGGUUAUCGCCUCCGAGUAUGACUUGAAGGACGAGAUGGAGACGGACAGGCAGAGUGUGAUCGUUAGGCGUGUCAGGAUCUACCCUCGCUACGACAACGUCGCCCAGAUUGGGGACAUUGCUUUGCUGAAGUUGAAGAGGGCGUUGGUGCUGGGUGAGGGCGUGGCCCCCGCCUGUCUGGCUCCCCCUGGUAACUACGAGGGCGACACCGUAGUACUGGCGGGCUGGGGCAACCUGAAAUUCAAUGGUCAAAGCCCUGAGAAGCUGCAGGAGGCGACGCAGAAGGUGGUCAACCUGGACGAGUGCGCCAGGAACUACUCCACUCUCCCAGAUAGUGAUGAACAACCUCUCACUGACGAACACGUAUGCACGUCUGCACCAGGAGUCGACAGCUGUCAAGGGGACUCUGGGGGUCCUGUUAUGCUUCGGAAAGGAUCAACCUGGUACCAGGUGGGAAUUGUGUCAUAUGGACACCGGUGUGCGGAGCCUGGCUUUCCCGGAGUCAACACCUUCGUUCCCAGUUACAUCUCUUGGAUACUCGACACCAUGGAGGAACAGUCCUGCGGUUGAAUCAACGUUAUCGUCGUUGAUUCCAGGUCGAUAACAACCGAGAAACAAGUGGGAAAAAGACUCCAUGGACAAUCAAUCCCAUAGGCAGACGAUGAGUCACAAUAACGUGACGGAAGACAUGAAGACCAAACCACACACCAGAAAAUGAGGAGACGACGACGACGUUUCGGUCCGUCCUGGACCAUUAUCAAGGUUGUUAUUUUAGAUUCGGCUACUGGGAACAAAAAGUUGCAAGUACCACGGGCUAUGGUAAGCCCGUAGUGGACUUACCUGGCAUAGAAGCGCGGCUGUAACUGGAUGUACCGGGAGUGAGAUUGAUUGAUAAAGAUUAAGCCACCCAAAAGGUGGCACGGGCAUGAAUAAGUGGAGGCCGCUACCUCCCCUGUGGUAGCAGCCAUCUUUGUUGUUGACAUUUUUCAACGUGUGUGUGUGUGUACUCACCUAGUUGUGCUUGCGGGGGUUGAGCUCUGGCUCUUUAGUCCCGCCUCUUAACUGUCAGUCAA